GUCGAUCCUCCACACGAGACCCGACCGAGAAUGACGGGCCUGAAGCGCUUUUACCAAAUUAUUCACGCUGCCAGUCCGGACGACCGCAUUAGACGAUUAUCAGUGGGACGUUUACAUCCACCCCGAUAUCAUUAUCUUAAAAUCAAUAGUAAAGCAACGACCUGCCACCGUCAUUAAGUGGGCAAACAGCUCUCUGGUCCCAGGUUAAUUAAAAAUCAUGCUCAAAUCGGUUUCUGUUGGUCGCAGUAUUGUCGCUGCGUUUGUGAAGUCUAGUUCGGCCCCGCUUGCUACGCGUUAUAGGAUUGCUACGUUCACAAGUAUGGUGACUCCCAAGCUUAUUCCAUUCUCCGAGGAUUUCUUCUUCAGGCAGCUAUUCGACACAAAGAGCAGCACCUACACGUAUUUGCUGGCAGAUACCGAGACGAAGGAGGCAGUGCUGAUCGACCCAGUUGUGGAGCACGGCAAACGGGAUGCACAGCUCAUCAAGGAUCUUGGACUGACAUUAAAAUAUGCAAUGAACACUCACAUGCACGCCGACCACAUAACUGGCACUGGCUACUUGAAACAACUGUUGCCCGGUACGUUGAGUGUUAUCUCGGAAGCCAGUGGCGCCAAGGCCGACAGACAUCUAAGCGAUAACGAAAAAGUACAAUUUGGACGGCACCAGAUCGAAGCCGUGGCCACGCCCGGCCACACAAAUGGAUGCAUGUCGUUUAUUGUGCACGAACAGGGGCUCGUCUUCACCGGGGAUGCGCUUCUGAUUCGGGGCUGUGGACGCACCGACUUCCAAGAGGGCAACUCGCGGACUUUGUACAACUCCGUUCAUGACAGAAUUUUUUCGUUGCCAGAUAAUUUCCAAGUGUAUCCGGCUCAUGACUACAGAGGACAACUAGCCAGUACCGUAAUUGAGGAGAAAACGUACAACCCUCGGCUGACAAAAGACAUCGAAGCGUUUGUGGAUAUCAUGGAGAACCUGAAUUUGCCCAAACCGAAAAUGAUAGACCAAGCCGUUCCAGCUAACCGGGAAUGUGGACUGUACGAUAUUCCGGCUGACGAUAAGUAAAUUAUGGCCGAAUAAUUGCCCCUGAAGCUGUUGCUCAAUUUAACGAUGAAUGGAUUUUUGAAAUAAUCGUAAUUGCACUUGCACCGGCACAGCUACAAAUUAAUUAUUGUUAAUCUGAAUAAUCAAGUCAAGUCAAGCCGCCAGGGUCGGUCAAUGGUUGUUUUGAUCCAAUCCAAGAAAGUUGGUUUAGAUUUAGUCUAAGCAGGAAAAUGUGCUUUUGUAUUUUAUAUUAAAAAGACAAAUGUUUUGGCACAUAUUCACCUCAGAAAAUACAUAUUUUACUACAGA